AUGCUGAAAGACUGCGUGGUUGCCACUAAAACAUACAACAGUGAGGAUUCGCUGGUGGUCACCCACCCAACUACUAACUCACCGGCGUGUGGCUUAAGUACGGCUGAGCGGACGGGAAGCCCUGUUUUCCACACCCUAUGGUCGUAUGUGCUAGAUUACAUGAGGGAAAACAUUAUGAGUACAAUGCGAAUCGUUGUAUAG